AUGGAAACCAGGAAGGAGAUGGUGAUGUUUCUGGAAGGGACACAACUUGGCGCUCUAGUUGGCAAGAGGGUGCCUAAUUUGUCCGAAGCAGUGGGGAGCCCCGCUCCGGAGCCGCAGGAGAAGAUGAUCCAUCGGAACUGCCUCAGCCCCAGACCUGGCCCCUUGUCGUCCCGGGAGAGAGGAGGAGGAGGAGGUGGCGGAGGAGAAGACGAAGAGGAGGUGGAGGUGCUGCCAGGGACAGGGACGGUGCCGGAGAGUCGCUCGGCGGCGGCAGCACUGCUUUCGGCCGGACAGCAGCCCCCCGCCCCGGAGCCUCCAUCCAGCAAAGGGCAGCAGAGCAGCUCGGACACCGAGUCGGAUUUCUAUGAGGAAAUCGAGGUGAGCUGCACCCCGGACUGCGCCACGGGGAGCGCCGAGUACCAGCACAGCAAAGGGCCGUGCUCCGAGGCGCUGGCCGGCAGCCCCAGCGGUGGGGGGGAUCACCCCAAGGGCAGCGGAGGCAGCGGCGGCUCCCAGGGCUCGCUGGCCUGCAGCGCCAGCGACCAGAUGCGCCGCUACCGCACCGCCUUCACCCGCGAGCAGAUCGCCCGGCUGGAGAAGGAGUUUUACCGGGAGAACUACGUGUCCAGGCCCCGGAGAUGUGAACUGGCGGCUGCUCUAAAUCUGCCAGAAACCACCAUCAAGGUUUGGUUCCAGAACCGCAGGAUGAAGGACAAGCGGCAGCGCCUGGCCAUGACCUGGCCUCACCCGGCCGACCCGGCGUUUUAUACCUACAUGAUGAGCCACGCUGCGGCCACCGGCAAUUUGCCCUACCCGUUCCCGUCCCACCUGCCCCUGCCCUACUACUCCCACAUGGGCAUCGGCGCCACAUCGGCCUCCGCCGCCACUCCCUUCAGUACACCCCUGAGGCCGCUGGACACCUUCAGGGUCCUCUCCCACCCCUACCCGAGACCAGAACUGCUGUGCGCCUUCAGGCAUCCCUCUCUCUACUCUGCCCCAACUCAUGGACUGAGCAGCGCCGGGGGCAACCCCUGCUCCUGCCUGGCUUGCCACAGCGGCCAGUCCAAUGGGCUGGCGCAGAGGCCCUCCGGAUCAGACUUUACCUGUUCGGCCACAACCAGGACUGACUCUUUCCUCACUUUCACGCCCUCUGUGCUGAGCAAAGCCACCUCAGUUUCCAUGGACCAGCGAGAAGAAGUACCUUUAACGAGAUAA